AUGGCCGAGCUGGCGGCGCUGGCGCUGGGGCGCAACGCGUCGGGCGGCGCGGAGGAGGAGGCGGCGCGGCGGGGCAACGGCAGCGGCGGCGGCGCGGCGGGCUGGGCGCGGGGCUGGUCGGGGGCGGCGCUGGCCUCGCAGGCGCUGCUGCUGCUGCUGAUCCUGGCGCUGUCGGCGCUGGGCAACGGCGGCGUGGUGCUGGUCAUCGGGCGGCACCGGCAGCUGCGCACCGUCACCAACGCCUUCGUGCUGUCGCUGGCGCUGGCCGAGCUGCUGGGCGCGCUGCUGUGCCUGCCGCCGGGCCUGCUGGGCCUGCUGAGCGGGCGGCCGCCCGGCGCCUGGCUCUUCGGGCCGCGCCUCUGCCUGGCCAGCGCCGCCCUGCACGCCGCCCUGGGCAUGGCCGCCACCCUCACCAUGGCCCUGCUGGCCUUCGACCGCUACUGCGCCAUCGUCCGCCAGCCGCGCCGCAAGAUGGGCCGCCGGCGCGCCGCGCAGCUGCUGGCCGCCGUCUGGCUGGCCGCCCUGGCCUUCUCGGGGCCCUGGUACCUGCUGGCCCAGGAGCGGCCCGCCGAGCCCGGGGAGGCGCCCCACUGCCGCUACGCCCUGCCCUGGGGCUCCUCGCGCCUGGGCCCCCCCUACGGCGCCGCCCUGAUCGUCCUCUGCUACCUGCUGCCCUUCGCCCUCAUGUGCUUCUGCCACUACAACAUCUGCCGGGCCGUGCGCCGCUCCGAGAGCCGGGUGCGCCCCCUCACCACCUACGGCCACCUGCUGCGCUUCUACGGCGAGAUGCGCACCGCCACCACCGUCCUCAUCAUGAUCGUCUCCAUCAUCUGCUGCUGGGGGCCCUACUGCGUCCUGGGCCUGGCCGCCGCCACCGGCCACGUCUCCUUCUCGCCCACCACGGACGCCGUGGCCUGCUGGAUGGCGUGGGCCAACGGAGCCAUCAACCCCCUCAUCUACGCCGUCCGCAACCCCAACAUCGCCAUGCUGCUCGGACGCAACCGGGAAGGCGGCUACAGGACUAGGCACAACGUGGCCGCUUACCUGGCAGCCGCGCGGGGCCACCGCCUGGAGGCUAAGAGCCGGGCGGAGCGCUACACUAGCUGUGGGCACGGUGGCGGCGGAGGCACUGCCGGCAGCACCCUCUCCUCUUCCAGCCCAGCUAGUGGAGGGGAGGUGGCCAUGUGGGCCUGCAAGAACCCGGCGGUGCUUUUCUGCCGGGAUGGACAGCCGGACACGGUUUCUGAAGUUGGCACGCAACUCAAAUCGGAUACGGUUGAUACCAGCCUUUGAAACGCAGUCGUGGCGUGGAUCAGAGCUGGCUUAACAGCAAGAUCUGUCAACCCGGGAUACUGAAAAAUUGUUGAUAGCUUCAUCCACAUGAGAAUUUUAUAAGUGAACUGUAUGAGUGCAAGAUUUGGUUGCAUCUUAAAGCCCGACAAGAUUUCCAGGUUGGAGUCCAGUAGCAACUUAAAGGCCAGCAAAGCGUAAGGUGCUACUGGACUCAAACCUUGCUCAUCUACUGCCAACCAAUAUGGCAACUCACCUGAAACCGCAUUCAUGAAAAGAUUUCCGGGGCAUAAGCUUUCAAGAAUCAAAGUUCCCUUCCUCAGAUGAAAGUAGGACAUAUCAGAAGACGAGAGCUUUGACUGUCGAAAGCUACACCCUGGAAAUCCUGUUUAUCUUUAAGGUGCCCACCAGAUUUGAAUCUUGCUUUUCUAAUGGAGGCUAGCACGGCUACCUAUUGUAAACUAUAUGAGUGCAUGUAUGCUAGAGAUUCUGUACCGGAAGAAGGGAUAGCCUCAGUCAAAAGGGCCAAUUUGAAUGCUGUGUCAUUUGAACCCUUCAGUGGUGGAGUCUUUUGAUCCUCUCAUUUUGUAGCCCUCUGAAGAUACUGUGGGAAUGGGUUUCCAGUUCCAGGCUGGGAAAUUCCUGUAGAUUUGGGGGGUGGCACCUGAGGAGAGGAGGGUUCGGGGAAAGAACUUAACGGGGUAUAAUGGCAUAGAGUCAACCCUCCAAAGCAGCCAUUUCCUCUUGGGAAGAAAAAUAGAAAAGGAGGGGUUUACAGAUGGUAAUUUUGCUUCUCGGUUUCUGCAGUGGUUGAUAGCCUUUCCGCCAGGUUCGUUGUGCUGGCAGCACCAUCACCACAAAGAGAUAGAAAAUCUUUUCUCGGUGAUUGGAAAACUCCCGAUUUUCUUAACAAAGGCUUGCAAAUCUAUAUUUUUUGUGCUCACCUGGGGUGAAUACAUAUUUUUCUCCAGGUGACUAGUAAAGUAUAUUGAAUAUCGGAAGAUACCCCUUUCUUUUUAAGGCCAUCAGUGUGCCAUAGACUGCGAACAUAGAUAAGUGUGGAUGGGCAGCUAACGUAUAAGGAAAAUUGCCUUAGCCGUGCCCUAAGCUUGCUCCAUAGCGUCAUGAGACUUCAGCUCCGCCCAGUGGAGGGGAAGUCCUUUGCGAGGGAGCUGUGGUUGCAAGCAUCACUUCUGCUGAAAACUUGCAAAACGGCAGCCAGGAGCUGAUUUCCAUCACUCAUCACUGGGGUGUCACAGACAGUGUACAAUAGGCGCCCACAGUCCAAAUCCACAGAGCACCCCAAAUCACUAAGCUAUGACGAGGUCGCCUUCGGGACAUGCGUUUCCAAAGUAAUGCAACCUUGCCGCUUGAAUACAAUGCUUUGUUUCAGUUGUGUUUUUUGCAGCUGCAGUUUGAUGUGUCGUGGCCUUGUGCUUUUGGAAAGAGUACAUUUUUCACAUGCAAGCACAAUGCAGCCAAAAGUUAGCAUGAACAGACCUGUGGCAGAGAGCCGGUAGAGCAUGGAGCAUGUCCCACAUUCAACCCCUGGCUUUACUUGUUAAAGGCUACGAGAGCAGCUGUUUCGAUGGACCUUGCUCCGUCUGAGAUCCACUGCCACUCCGAAGGAGCUGGCUGAGUCUAAAGCAGUGCCAGAUGUUCAACUCUUUCAUUUCAGUCAUUCAGACUUAAGAAGCUUUUGAACUGUGGCUGCGACAUUCUCUAAGCAAACAGAAUCCCCCCUCCCCGCCCCCCGUAAAAACAUCCGGACCUACAGGAAACACUUUCACCCAUCAAAAAGAGUCCAGUAGCACCUUUAAGACUAACCAAGACUAAAGGUGCUACUGGACUCUUUUUGAUUUUGCUACUACAGACUACCACGGCUAACUCCUCUAGAACUUUCACCCAUGUUACACUACAAACUGAUUGCCUAGAAAGGGUCCCUGCCUUUUUUUUUAGACAAAGGAAAUCUUUUAGCAGACUUCGGCAUGCAUAGCCCUUGCCACAGCUGUAAAUCUGAUGCGCACCCAAAUGCGCAAGGUGGCGCAGAGGCCUGUUCGUCUGCAGCACAUCAUGCUCCAUGCUUUUGAAUGGGCAUCCCCUGGCUCUCGGUCUCACCCAAGUUUUUUCGAGUGCUGACUAGCUUUGGACUGGGACUGAGUCAGUGGCAGCGCACAGCUCGACUGCCCUUUGCGAGGUGCAAGCGCCAAAAAUAUGCGCAGACUUGAAAAACUCUUCUGAUCAAAGAUCAAACAAGGUCAUCGCACACUGUGAAAAACUUCAUCGAUUUCUCCACCCCUUUUCCCUUUCCUUGGGAGGUUUUGCUUUAGUGAGUAUGUAUUGAUGUGCAUUUAAGCGCCUUUCCUGAGCCCA